AUGACGGAGAGAAUUUCUGUACCAGUUGACCCUUUAUCACACAAACCAAUCGAGUUAUGGCGAAAAUAUAUGAAAGAAGGACGUGUCUCAGAGCCUCUCAAAACAUUACGACUUGACACGCCAAUUUAUGAGGAUAAAAUUCGAUUUGUAUGCAUUUCGGAUACUCAUGAAAAAAUGGAAGAUGCGUUGACAGUGAUACCCGACGGAGAUGUGCUUAUCCAUGCUGGUGAUUUCACUAAUUAUGGCGAUAUCGGUGAAGUGAUAAAGUUUAAUGCUGAAAUUGGUAGUUUACCACACAAAUACAAGCUGGUUAUUGCGGGUAACCAUGAACUUGGAUUUGAAGAUGAUAAAGAACUGAAUGAAAAACAACUCGCUGGAUUAAAUAUGCUUGGCAUAAAUAGACCUUAUGAGAUGCUCACAAACUGCACUUACCUUUGUGAUCAACAAAUUGAAAUCUAUGGUUUAAAAAUUUACGGUUCACCAUGGCAUUCAAUGCCAGGUUAUUCAUUCUACCGCUCCCGUGGUCAAUCGAUCAUGGAACAGUGGCAAAGGAUUCCCUCUAAAGUUGACGUGUUAAUCACCCAUACACCUCCUCUCGGUAAAACAAUUCCCAGUUCAUCUACAACAAAUUACUUAUAUUGGAACAAAUGUGAUGGCGUACUAGCUGGAUGUGCCGAUCUUUUGAAUACUGUGGAGAAGCGCGUGAGACCUAAGUAUCAUGUUUUUGGGCAUAUCCAUCAGAUGCAUGGUGCGACAACAAAUGGAUACACAACCUUUAUAAACGCAUCCAUAUGUGAUCAUAAGUUGAGGAUAGAAUAUGACCCUAUCAUUUUUGACAUUCCUUUGCCAGCUGGUCAUAACAAGGAUUGA